AUGCCAGGUCUUCUUGGUCUUCCCCCGGAACUCAUGCACAUGAUUGUCGAGAAGCUGGACUUCGCUUCUGAUCUGUACUCCCUUGCACUCGUUUGUAAAGGGCUGCGCGCGAACUUUGCUGAAGAAUACUUGUAUGGCAAAAUGUUCGGCAAGCUCUUGUCGCACAAGCUGGAUCUGCAGCGACUGUUCGAUAACUUCAGCAUCAGCGAGGACUUUACAAGGUAUCUGAUCAAAAGCUGUAAGCCAGAACUUCUCUUAGCCUCGGCAAGGAUUCGUCAGCAGGUGUUGGAAGUUGCGAUCCACCAGACAAGAAGAAGUGAGGAUGUGGAUACUGCGAUGGAUAGCUACGCUGGCAAAUUCCUCAAGCUCUGGCUCGCGUACGCACGUGAGCAUCCGCAGGAAGAGAGAUCACGUCUAAGGAACCUGAUGGCGCGUGCUGUGUAUGCGAAUAGCCUGCCAUUUGUGCAGUACUUGAUGAGUCAAGGGUUCACGGACGAUGAGAAUUGCUCGUCACCCCUGUACUGGGCUGCAGAUGGCGGCAGCCUGGAAUUGGUUAAGAUGUUGCUUGACGCUGGGGCUGAUCCCAAUCGUCAGUAUGCAUUCAUCCAUCCCCCAGAUCCAUUCUUGCCGCACGAGAAUCCCCCGCUGCUGCCUGUUCGGCGGGCUGCAGUGCCUGGCUGCGAGGAAAUUGUGUGGUAUCUCUUGCAGAAUGGUGCAGCAUUCUCAACCAAGUUGAUCAGGGAUCUGAUCCAGUCAGAAAGCAUUGGCGUGGAGAGUGCGAUCCAAGACGCCAGCUCGAAGGAUCUAUCCGAUCUGAUCAUCUACGGAGUGGCGACCAACGAUCCAAAGCUUGUUCUUGGUUUGUGGCCACUCGUAAAUCAUGAUAUUGAUUACGACUAUGGAACCGGCGACUGGAUCAGCGAAGCGCUGGAAAAGGCAGCCGAGAGGCAGAAUCUAUCGAUGGUGCGGUUGCUUCUCACCAAGGUCAAGGAAACGGAUCCUUCGCAGCUUGUUAGUGCCGGCUUUGACACUGCAAGGAGCGCUAUCAAAGCUGAGUGGACCCCUGGCCUGGUAGCGGCGGUAGAUCCUGACCUGGGCGGAGAUGAGCUGCUCAGAACGGACGGGCCUGGUCUCCUCAGCCUAACCAUAUCGAAGAAGCUCAAGGACAUGCGAGAAAUGCUACUCUCCCGAUGGGCACUCCUCCGUAACACUGACAGUAUACUGUAUCAUUACCCCUGUCCACUCAGGACAGCUUUGUAUAUUGGUGACUCUGCCAUCUUCUUUCAGAUGCUGGAGUAUGUUUAUCUCUCACCAGCUGAAGACGGUAGCUUCCCGAAUCCGAUCAAGCUCCUGAAGUUCCCUGCUCAAUACGGGCCGGUCGAGACAUUCCGAGAAACGCUCGCCCAUGUUGGGGUGGAGCUCGACCCGGACAACGAGCAGCAUGGCGAGGUCCUCGUGGAGGCAGCUCGAGGCGUGCAAACGGAUAUCAUGCAGCUCUUCCUCGACGCUCGUUUCGAUAUGAACGGUGUCUACAGGUCUGAUUUGGACGAGAACUUCAAACUGCCGCUUCUCCAUUGCGUGCUUCUGACGCACAUUUCCCCUGUCCGUGAGCACUCGGGAGGCGAGAAGGCCAUCCGACUCGAUGGCAGCAGUACUAGAGGCCUUACGGCCCUCGCUACGGUCAUGUCGCGUUUCCGUCACUAUGAUCCGGAGACACUAUGGCUGAUUAGAGUUCUUCUUGCGCAUGGCGCAGACCCCCUAGCGGGGAUUGAGGAUGCCCCAGGUCAGAGCGCGCUGCAGGUCGCACUCACUGAAACCCCCGGCCGCGUCGGGUGCAUCAAAGCACUCUUGCGCGCGGUGUCAUGGGAUGACCAUCGUUGCCGCGCACUGGUGUCUAUGAUUGCGACUUGUCCUGAUGCUUGGCUGAAGACUCCUCUCAACACGAUCCCUGAAGAGGAGGCCCAGUGGUACUGGUCCAACCUAUGCCGCGGUCUUGAGGAUAAUCCAUACGAACCCGAGGAUGAUUCAGAUGAGUCUACUGAUGAGGACGACUCUGAGGGCCGCAUUCGGAAUAACUCACAUUACAACAGAUUCGAGUGCCUGAAGAUUAUCCGAAAGUAUUAUUGGCGGAAUCUGUAUCCUCCCCCCACACUCUGA